UCCCCAGCGGGAGACUGCGCGCAAACGCCCCUCGCGCCCCGCGCCCGCCGGAGAAGUAACUCGGGGCUCCACUCCCCGGGGGUAGGGGACUGCAACUGGACUUCCAUCGUCCCACCCCAGCAGCUCAACCGACGUCGCGGGACUCACAGAUGCCCUCCAGCGGGCAGAGCCCGCGACACGUCGGGAGAGCGGGGCCGUGCGAGGGACACCGAAACUUGGCGGCGGGGGCAGGGCGAAAGGGGACUCUGAGCGUCCCGAGAGAGGGAACCAGGCAGAAGGCGGAGUGCCCGAGGCCCCGGGAGGGGUGAAGCGCGCGGCCAGCGGAGCCCAGGGACCGCCCAGGGGCGCGAGGCAGGGUGCCCGAGGGCGGCCCCGAGGGAACAGGGAGGGCGGCAGGAGCCAGAGGAGGGGCGUCGGGGAGGCGAGGCGGGCACGGGGAGCGUUUGCGGUGCGCGGACUGGGAUCCGAGGCACGUUCGUCCUGGAGCUCAGACCAAUGGAAGUUCUGGAUCCGCCCUGUCGUUGCUCUGUCCAAUCUGCGCAAGGGCACCUCCCCUGCCACCCUACGGUCAGUCACCAAUCGUCAGUGAGGGCCGGCCCAGGCACGCUCCGCCUAUGUCAAGGCUAUUGAGACUUUGGAUUGGCCAGUCUGACUUCGACGUGACGAGGCUUCCUCUCUGAUUGGACUACCCGGCGCGGGGCGCCUGGCGCUCAUUGGAAGAGGAGGCUGCGAGGCGGGACGGCGCGAACCUUGGAGCGCGCGCCCGGUGGGAGCUGCUGGCCAGCGGGACCGAGAGUGAAGCGGACGUGGGACCUGGCUGCUGCCGCCCCGCGCGCCUCCCCGGCGGUCGAGUGGACAGCGAGCGCGGCGGAGUUUGUGUCCCUGCAAGUGGGUCGUCUCCGUGGUCGGCCCCGAGAGAUGGACUGGGAUCACCUGGAGCUGAACCCCAGGAUCGUCGCUGCGGUCAGGAAAGCCAAACUGAGGUCCGCGCGGGACGUGCUCCGCUUCUCCGGGCCAGACCUGCAGAGGCUGACCGGCCUCUCGGGCCCCGACGUGCAGCUCGUGCUCAGGACAGUCUCCCGCCGCCUGCGGGGGGGCAGCGUCCUCACAGCACUCGACCUGCACCGGCAAAGGGACCGCUUCCCGGAGCAGCACCAGCGCCUGAGCUUGGGCUGCCCGGUGCUGGACGGGCUCCUGGGCGGCGGGCUGCCCCUGGACGGCAUCACGGAGCUGGCGGGCCGCAGCUCGGCGGGGAAGACCCAGCUGGCACUGCAGCUCUGCCUGGCGGUGCAGCUCCCACGGCGGCACGGAGGCCUGGAGGCUGGGGCCGUGUACGUCUGCACGGAAGACGCCUUCCCCGACAAGCGUCUGCAGCAGCUGAUCGCCCUGCAGCCGCGCCUGCGGACGGACGCCCCGGGGGACGUGGUGGGCACGCUGCCGUUCUCGGACCGCAUCUUCGUCGAGCACGCGGCCUCCGUGGACUCGCUGCUGGACUGCGUGCGCAGGAGGGUGCCCGCGCUGCUGUCGCGGGGCGCGGCCCGCCUGGUGGUCAUCGACUCCGUGGCAGCCCCGUUUCGCUGCGAGUUCGACGGGCCGGCCUCCGCACGCCGGGCCCGGGCGCUGCAGGCGCUGGGGGCCUCGCUGCGCGGGCUCAGCCAGGCCUUCCGGAGCCCGGUGCUCUGCGUCAACCAGGUGACGGAGGCCGUGGAGGAGGACGCAGCGCUGGGACCGCUGGGGGCCCCGGGGGAGCGCCGGGCCCCGGCCCUGGGCAUCGCCUGGGCCAACCAGCUGCUCCUGAGACUGAUGGCCGACCGGCGCCGCCCUGAGGAAGCCGGGCUGGGCCAGCCCGGCCGCACCCUCAGGGUGGUCUUUGCCCCCCACCUGCCCCCCUCGUCCUGUUCCUACACCAUCAACCCCGAGGGGGUGCGCGGGACGCCCGGGACCCAGUCCGGCUGACGCCGAGAGCGCCCGUCUGGGCAGAGCCCCCCCAGUGCCAGGGCCCCGGGGCCCCGUCUGCAUGGUGCCCCCGGGUCGGGGCCUCCGGGAGGGGUCAGGGCCUCCGGGAGGGGUCAGCGCAGACGGCCUGCCAGAACGCGUGUCCCCUGGGGGGUCCCCCUCCCCCACUGGGCCGGCCCCACAGGGCACCCACUGUGUCCAGGAGCCCCGGGCCCCAGGGAGCAGCAGCGCCCCCCUCCCCGUGGCUCCGGCCCAGCCCCUGGGAGGCUCCUCCCCCUCUGCUGUCCCUGCCCCCGCCCCUCCCGCCGUUGGUGCUGGCCUGUGGGGGGCUGGCCCGUCUGCGGAGACAGCACCGGUCCACCCGUCCACCACGCCUCCCCAGGCCUGGCCUGGGCGGUGGGGACAUCAGCUCCAGCCUGGUGGGGCGUCCACUCUGACAGGCACAUGGCAGGGCCACCUGCAGGGGCUGUCCUCCCGGAUGAGAACAGACCUCCCGCUGGCAUGGGCCCUGCUGCACCUGGGCACCAGCUCAGGGCACAGCAGCCCCGGUGCAGAGGACACAGCCUGUGUGCACCUGUGUGGGCAGAGCCAGCCGUCUUCACCCCUGUCCCCUCCCCACCCCCGUCCGGACCCCCCGUGAUGCCUGGGCGGGGGCUGAGGAGGGGCUGGGACCGACACACGGCCAGCACAGCGGUGGCCCCUGGACCCAUUCACGGUGACCAGCCCUUGGCCCUUGGAGACGGCCGUGCCCUCCCAGCCCCCAGAGUGACGGAGGCGCCAGAGACUCAGGGGCUUGGCCGCCCCCCGAGAACUGGGGCACAGCCGCCCGGGGCUGCUGCGGGCUCUGGGGGAGGGGCACAUCCCUGUCACUGGCCAGCAGCCUGCUGCUCGGACACGGACCCAGG